GAAAGCCUAUGGGAUUGCACACAGCUCGAAAGCUGAAAGACCACCGCCGUGAACAAAGGUGGCAUGAUAAAGAUUACAAGAAAGCUCACUUGGGGACCAGAUGGAAGGCCAAUCCAUUCCAGGGAUCCUCUCAUGCUAAGGGCAUUGUGUUGGAAAAAGUUGGUGUUGAAGCCAAACAGCCAAACUCUGCCAUCAGAAAGUGUGUGAGAGUCCAGCUUAUCAAGAAUGGCAAGAAGAUUACAGCCUUCGUACCCAACGAUGGUUGUCUGAACUUCAUUGAGGAGAAUGACGAAGUUUUGGUAGCUGGUUUCGGCCGUAAAGGACACGCCGUUGGUGAUAUUCCUGGUGUCCGCUUCAAGAUUGUCAAAGUUGCCAAUGUCUCUCUUCUUGCUCUGUUCAAAGGAAAGAAGGAGCGACCAAGAUCUUAA